AUGUCGUCAGUGAAGGAGCCGGAGAAGAGCGAAGGCGCCGAAGUGCUCAAGAAGAGGGGGUACAGUAUGUUUGUGCCCCUCGACUCUGGAGGACAGGGAAACGUCUACAAGACUACGAAGAAUAAGGUGACGUUUGCGGCCAAAGUGGUGCACAUCGACAGCAAUGACAAGAACCUGGACGACGACCUCAAGAGAGAGCUGACAAUCAUCCGUAACGUCAAACAUCCCAACUGUAUUCGCGUCGAAGACAUGUUUCGCACCAAACAUAAGGUCUAUAUUAUUAUGGAUUUUAUGCCAAACAAAAGCAUUGGCGAUGAAGUGGACACUAAGGGCCCGAUAUGUGAAUGGAAAGGCAAACUAUACUUCGCCCAAAUCUCCAGUGCCAUCAAAUACCUGCACCGACACAACAUAGCGCACAGGGAUCUCAAGUUAGACAACGUAUUACUCGACGCCAACUAUAACGCAAAGGUCUGUGACUUCGGUUUCAGUCGAUUUGUUCCCAAAGACGCCAAAACCGGCCAAAUCCGCAAAAGUAAAUCAUAUGUGGGAACUCCUAGUUAUGAGCCUCCCGAAGUGGUCAGUCAUACGCCUUACGAUCCCUACAAAUGCGAUGUCUGGUGUUUAGGUGUCUGUCUGUUCAUUAUCUUGAACUACGAGUACCCCUUCAAUGGUGACGAUCCCAAAGAGACUUUACUCGAGAAGCAAAACAAAAGACAAUACACUCUCCAGAAAACUAUCGACAAAAAGUUGAGCCAAUUGGCCAAAGACUUGAUCCGCAAACUACUGGAACCCAAUCCAAACCAACGGAUCUCCAUCACCGAUGUCUAUUACCCGAUUGUGAGAAGCGAAGGAGACAGAGCUGGCACU